AUGGAGGAAAAACGACUGCUUCCACAAAUUCCUUCAGCAAGGACACAACCCCCUUGCGUUCGGAUUCAUUGGAAGGCCAGUCUGGGGCUGGUGUUGUUACACGCAAGCAUGCUAAAGAAAACAAUGAAAAUGGAGGAGUUUUGA